AUGACAACACCAUCCGCUGUAAGUGGCAAAAGGAAGGAAAUACUUGCAUUUUUUCAAGGCAACAGAAAUAAAACACCAAAAGAUAAUACUACUGAAAAACCAAUGGGCGAUGAUCAAUCAGAUGUGGUGGUAGAUCUAGAAGCUUCGGAAGAUAACAUUACCACUACCGCUGAAAAAUGUACAACGGUUGAGAAGGAGGGUAAUGAUAAUAUAAAAGAUGAUGAAACGAGUCUCAGGCGCAGUCAGGAAAGGCACCUAAUGAACAACACCGAUACCGCAAAGAACGGCCCUUCUCGAGCAGAAUCUAAUGAGUUAAAACUCGGAAACGAUUCUGCCCUCAAUUCACCUGCUUCAAAAGACGUCAAGUCAGCAUUGAGCAAAGAGAAAGAGGAAAUUAAACUACAGAGAAACAUCACAAGGCAACGAAAAGAGGAAGAGAAACGCCAACGUGAAGCUCAAAGGCAGGAAGAAAAACGUAAGCGUGAACAGCAAAGAGAAGAGGAGAGAAGAAAGCGUGAGGAGAGGAAGAAGCAAAAGGAACUGGAACGAUUAGAGGUAAAAAGACAGAAAGAACUUGAAAAACGUCUAAAGGAGGAAGAAAAGCUAAAACUAGACGAAGUAAAGAGACUCAAAGAGCUAAGCAAAGAAAAAUCACAGUUAAGAAUUGGUAAUUUUUUCAAAAAAGUAAACGAUUCUACCAAACAGCUUGAUGUUAAGAGCGAUUUCAAUAAAUAUUUCCUGCCAUUUUAUGCUAAGGAUGGAACCAUAUUGCCCAAAAAUAGUGAUGGAUCUAAAUUUGAUCUUGCAAAAAGCAAAUCUGCGUUGGACUCCAUCCUGAUUAAAAAGGAAGGUAAGAAUGAAAACAACGACACUCUAUUAGAAUGGCUUGACUCAAAAAAAUGCAAGCGCGGAUACAAAGUCAAAUUUACAGCGACCGAACUGCUGAAACAAAUGGCCUCAAAGGAGAAAGAGGAAUCUGAAUUAUUGAAUUUGCUUUUUUUAAUUCCACAAAAGUAUAUCAAGUUUUAUGAGAACGUUAGACCGCCAUAUAUAGGGACAUAUUCGAAAGAGAUAGUGCUUCCAGUAGAUAACCCUUUUUCCACCGAGGGAACGGGUUUCAAUUAUGAGUACGAUUCUGAUUUGGAAUGGGUAAAUGAAGAAGGUGAAGAAGGCGAAGAGGGUGAAAUUGAUAACUUGGAGAGUGAGGAAGAAGAUGAAGACGAGGAUGAAGAACAAGAUGAAGCAAGCGAUGGAGAGUUCGAUGGAUUCCUUGAACUAGAGGAAAAGUCAGCAGAUGGUCCACAAGGUAAGAAGAAAAAGUUCUUCGGCCCACUUAUACCGACUGUCUGCUUAAGGUCUGAAAUCAAUAAAAUGGAUGAGAGCGACAGAAGAUAUUUCGAAGAAAUCAAAGUAACAUGCCUAUCAGACAAGCAACCAUUUCCUAUCGACCCCCAUAUUCCUUUCGCAAAGGAGCAAGAAGCAACUGGGAUAAAGAGAGCUUUGCCGGAAGGCCAAAGUGAUAAGACAUCAGCAUCGAGUAGCCCAUCUGUGUCUCCCCAGAAGAGAGCCAAAACACUGAUAUCCGAUACAAAGAGCCUCCUGAAACUUUUUGAUGAGGUAGAAGGGAGCACCUUUUCUUUGGGGACGGUUACCGAGAUAGCACAAAAAAAUUUACCACAGUACAGUAAGCAACUGAUCAAGAAUACCGUCAAAGAAUACGCCAUAAGAGGUACCGGGCCAACGAGAAAAUGGCAAAUAAAAGACCACAAGCAUUGGGACGACCUCCGAACAAUUACAGAUUAG